CCUCUUCACGUCGUCCACGCCUCGUGACCUCCUCGUCGUCUUCCUCGCGUGGAUUCCCCUCGACGGCUCGACCGUCCCGAAUCCGAGGGUUCGGAGCACGAAUCCGACCGGAUUCGAUCGAAUCGGCGGGGGCUGGGAGAGAGGGGGUGCAUGGCCGGGAGGAAACGGAAGGCGGAGGCGGCGCGGGUGCUGGAGGAUGAGGCCGACCGGCCGCUCUACAGCGCCUUCCGCGGCGCCGCCAACUCGCUGUCUCAGAUGCACGCGCUCGCCGGGGUACACCAGCGGCUCUCCUUCCACGCCGGCGAGCGCCACGCCAUGGAAAUGCUCUACAAAUGGAUCUUGCGACAGGAUGAAAAUGGCCUGAGGAUCACAGUUUCUGACGUAGUUUCCCACAUCGAGCAUGAGAUUGAGUAUGGAGGUGAGGACCCAUUGGUGUCACCUAGAUCACAAUGUACAGUUCAGAGUUUUCAAGCAUCAAUGCACAUCCCCAACACAAGCAACCAGCAAGCAUCACCCAGCUUACUUGCACAAGCAAUCCCAGGAUUGCAACCCAAGAACUCAAUGGUCUUUUGCAGUGCACUAUCCAGCCCUGUCCGGCAGAGCCUGCAACCAUACCAUUUACAGCAAGACAGUGGCACAGGACACUCUGCAGAUGGUAUUCUUUGUACAGGAACCCAUGAGUCGAACUCUGCAGCAUCGAAUGAUUCAUUCAUGGAUAUGCAUUCUGAUAACCCAGCUCAUGAGUCCUGAUGAGCAAUUUGUUGUCUACCUCCAAGAACCUUAAGCAUGAAACUUGCAGUACAGAAAUGGCGUCACUGUGAUUAGGGAUGUAAUUUGAUCAAUGCCCCAAUUUCACUUCUGUAUUAAAUGUGUUGCAAUGUGUGACUAUUUAUUACUUCUGAUGCUAUAACCUGCAUAUAUGUAUACUUUGUGUAAGUAUUAGUUUCAGGUUGAAUAAUAUGUAGUAAUUGAUAAAGCAGUUUCAGGCGGUGGUUGAGAAACUCAAAA